CCUCACCUCCUCCCUGGCCUCCUUAGCCCCAAGCAGAUCAGCAUCCUCAAGCAGAAACCUGCGAGGUCGGUAUGAGGUCAGCAGCCUGAAGCCCAGCCCGCUGCUUGGUCGCCUUCCUCUCCAGCUGAGCCUCCGUGCAGUCCUGUGUGGCAGCUAAAGGCGCAGCCCUGAGCCCAGGAUGGAGCCCCGGCUGGGGCCUGAAGCUGUCGCCCUCCACCCACGUUGGCUGGCCAUGUUGCUAUUGGGGCUCUCAGCCCUGAGCUCUUUUCUCUCCUUGCCAGCUUCUCCCCCUCCUUCUCUGGUGCCCCGAGUCAGAACCACCUACAAUUUGGGACGGACUUUCCUCGGUCUUGAUAAAUGCAAUGCCUGCAUUGGGACAUCUAUUUGCAAGAAGUUCUUUAAAGAAGAAAUAAGGUUUGACGACUUGCUGGCUUCCAACCUUGAAUUGCCUUCUCACUACUUGCCUUCUUACCCCGCAAAUUACUCAGAUGAUUCUAAAACCUGGCGCACUGUGGAGAUCUCUAGGCUGAUCAGCAAAUACCAAAAUGAGGUCUCAGACAGGAGAAUCUGUGCCUCCAUAUCAGCCCCAAAGACCUGCAGCAUUGAGCGUGUCCUGAGGAAAACACAGAGGUUCCAGAAAUGGCUGCAGGCCAAGCGCCUCACGCCGGACCUGGUGCAGGGCCUGCCCAGCCCCCUCCUGCGCUGCCCAACACAGAGACUUCUGGACCGCGUAGUCCGGCGCUACGCUGAGGUGGCUGACGCUGGCAGCAUCUUCAUGGACCACUUCACCGACCGAGACAAGUUGCGUCUGCUCUACACCCUGGCUGUCAACACGCACCCAAUCCUCCUACAGAUCUUCCCCGGGGUAGAGGGCUGGCCACUGCCCAAGUACCUGGGCUCCUGUGGCAGACUCCUCAUCAGCACCAGCACCAGGCCUCUGCAGGAAUUCUUCGGUGCACCUCCAGACCAGGCAGCUGAUCUCGCCUACCAACUCCUUGGUGUCCUGGAGUCCCUGAGGAGCAACGAUUUGAACUAUUUCUUCUACUUCACCCAUGUCAAUGCAGGCAUGUUUGGCAUCUUUAACAACGGGCAUCUGUUCAUCCGGGAUGCCAGCGCACUGGGUGUCAUCGACAAGCAGGAAGGCAGCCAAACAGCCACCACGACCAGAGAGAACCAAGAUGUUUUCAGUUGCCUGGUUUCUGGUUGCCAGGCCCAGCUGCCCUCCUGUGACACCAUCCCCGAGAAGCAUAGCCUGGUGUUGGUAUGUCAGCAGUUGCUGCCUCGACUUCUCCAGGGGAGGUUCCCUUCCCCAGUGCAAGAGGAAAUAGACUCAGCUCUCACUCACUGUGGUGAGAGCUCCCGCCCAGACCCAGAGGUUCUCCAGGCUGCUAGCCAACUGAAGGACAUCUUGAGGCCCCUGAGAACCUGUGACCCAAGAUUUGCCUACCGCUACCCAGACUGCAAGUACAAUGAUAGGUUCUGAGGGUCUGGAGCCCUAGCUGACCUGAGAGGAUAAUGCCCUUGAUCCUUCCUCCCCCUAACCCCCACACACCAGUUUAAAAGCAGCAGUUCCAUUCCAAACAUUAGGAGAAGCACAUUCAUUUCUCAGGGACUGAGGAACACUUGAACUAGGAAGAGAAAUUGUGUGACAUUACAUGAUUUCCCCCAUUGGCCGGGAACUUCAUGGCAGAGCCCAAGGCUGGGUAUCAGAAGACCCUGUAUGAACACUCACUUAUGUCUUUGAGCCUCUGUUUCUCCUGUUUGCCACCAGACUCUCAGGAUGGUGAAAGAAGAGAGCAAUGUGAGGGGCCUAGCACACAGGCUCUCUACCCCCUGCCAAGGUAGGAGACCCCUCAGGGCGCAGGAAAGAGCCAGAGCUAAGAGAAGAGGAGUCAGCAAGAGCCAGGUUGUUAGUCCAGGUCAUCUACAAAGUGGGUGUCAAGCCAGGUGUGCACAUGUAUGAGUGUUCUUAGGGGAAACAACUAUAAGAAAGACAAAGAGCAGGCAAGCAAAGGCCCGGGGGACUACCAAAGCAUGCUGCAAUCUGACUCCAGGGAAGGGGAGGAGGCUGUGGAAGAGAGGUUUCCAGGGUGUCUUCGAGGCAAAGCCUGCCACCAGAGGACUCCUCUUAGUGUACUGGCUGCACUCAGUCAUCAGUGGGACCAGGCUGUGGGAAAUGUGGCCUCACAGAGAUGGAUUUCAGAGCCCAGCCCCUAGGACACAGUCAGUUCUGCUCCCUGAGUGGCAGAACACUCUCGUUGUAGCCACAGACUUGGACCAGGGCUCGGCUCUGCCCACACCAUAUGCUGCAGUGCACAACUCCUUAGAGUCUGUGAGAAUUUUCAUUCAAAUUUGGCCUCACAGGUCACUGUAAAAAUAUUUUUUCAAGGUCAGCCAAUAGAACAUAUGCUACUCAAUAGUUAGUUUGCUUUAUACCUUUUAUAUUAAGUAUGUGGCCACAUGGGCUGUGGGCCUCCAUGCAUGCUCUUAUCUGCUCUGUGAGCAGCAGUGGGGGACUCUUCUAGGUCUUUCGCCAGCCUCCCUGCCAGCCCUCUACUCCCAGGAACCUUUCAGUCUACCUCCUCUUUUCUACCUCUGAAUCAGCAUCUUUAAGGUCAGAACACCUGGCUUAACAGACCUCAUUAUGCAGAUGAGAAAACCAAGACCCAGGGAGGUAGAGAUUUCCUGGGAUAGUCCAAGAACUCCCACUACCAGACCAUGCUCUUCUUUUCUUCUCCAUCAGCCUCUGACUCUCACCCUCUAUUGUCCAGUUCUAGUUUCUUCACUCACAUUUAAAGAUGGACACCCCUCCCCCCAAAAGUCUUAUUUUGUGGUGUACUGGGUUGCCUUUUGGGUUUGCCUUUUGAUUGCUCCAGACACUGCCCUAUGGCAUCAGUGACAGUGAGGAUGACAGGUCAAGCUUGUGGAAGAGCAGGUUUCAGUUCCCUGUGAAUCAUUGAAAUGGCUGCCUUCUGGUUUGGUUUGACCACCCUUCCCACCUGCACAGUCACAGUCUUUCCUUUGGCCUGAAUGUAGUGUGUCCUCAGGCCUUCCAGCUGGCCAAAGGAAGUAGGUCACAGCCUGCAGACCUUCCAGAGCUCCACAGGGGAAUGAGGGUUGAGCCGGGCCCCAGUGCAUCUCUAUAGGUUUGGGUGUUUUUCCAUUGCAGGAUGCUUCCAUACAGUGAGUGACUUUUGAGUGAGGUCCCACCCUGGGGAGUCCAGAAAUGGUCCUUUCAUGGGACUUGAGCUAACCCUCCUCUAAACCCCCCACUGUCUGUACACCUGCAUAGACCUCCAGACCUCUACUCCAGACUGGUCCCCUGAGACUCUGAGGAAUGUUCUUUCAAAACCAUCAUGUAACCUGGAGCUGCUCCAUCUAGACAGGAAAUGCAGCUCCAGGCCCCUCCUGAGUCAGGACAAAGAGAUCUUAUGUUCCGCUUGCCAGAGUCCUGGGAGAAAGCAAAGAAGAAAACCACCCAAGCAACCCCCAGGGGGCUGCUAAGAGAUUUGUUUUUAGUAUAAAUUAUAAUCAAAUUCUAUUUGCACAGCUGUGUUCACAUCCGCAGUGCAGGCCAAGAGUUAAGGAAGGCCAGAUAGAUGUCAGGCAGGGCCCACAUACGCUUAGAAAUGGUCUAAAAAUGGCUCCCCAGCUAGUGGCUUUUCAUGGACUAUGAAGGGCACAGAGUCCCUUUUCUCAUACACUUUCACGUCAGAGCAGAUGUGUUGCUCUUGUCAGCAUGGCUGAAAAUCACAGGCCCCAUUCAGGUACUGUCUUCAGGGGACCUUCUCCCCAAACCCCACCAUCUGCUGACUCUCUCUGACACUCCCUCCCUGUGGUAGACCCAGAGCAGAGCCAUUCAGAUCCCUCUUUAAGUAACAACUCUCUCUCCAGCAUGGGGCUGCAGUCAGUAGGCAGCUGUCAGCCCCUUGAGCCUCUGCCUCAGCCAUUCUGUGGCCUUGGCUCAAGGUCACACCCUUCCUAGGACAUACCCAUAUCUAGUGAUUGGGCUUGGCCAGGGGCUGUUUGGCCCACGAAGUUACAACUCUGACAGGCAGUUCUCAUUCCAGAAAUUCCCAUUGAGCCAAUCAGGACUCUGCUGGGCCUAUACCAGAGUCUAACCUUCCCCUGCCCAUUCUACUUCCUCUGUGUUCUUCUUACAGGUGUUGAUCCCUCUUAAGCAUCUUAUGUCCUGUAGCGAGCUGAAUGGUGACCCUCCUACAGAAAGAUAUGUCCACAUCCUACUCCCCAGAACCUGUGACGAUUACCUGACAUGGGAAGAGAUGUGACUAACUCAACGAUUAUAAGGGAGGGAAUUUGCCUUGAGCAGACCAGGUAGACCCUCAAUGCCAUCUCAUGUGUCCUUACAAGAGAGAGGCAGAGGGAGUUUGAAGACAGAAGAGGAGUGAUGUAAAGGUGGAGGCCAAGAUUAGGGUGAUGUGCCCACAAGCCAGGGAACCCUGACAGCCACCAGAAGCUGGGAGAGGCAAGGUACAGAGUCUCCUCCAGAGCCCCCAGAGGAAUGUGGCCCUGAAUGCAGUAUAUCCUCUGUCUUUCCAGCUGGAUUUCACAACACUUUGAUUUCAGCCCACUGAAACUAACUUCAGACUUUUGGCCUCCAGAACUGUGAGAAAAUAAACUUCUACUGUUUUGAGCCACACACUUUGUUAUAAUUUGUUAUAGCACUCACAAGAAAUUGAUACAUACCCCAAUGUCCAUCUUAGUAUCCUCUUCUGGAGAACCCAACCUGCAACACUUCUCAACUCCAGUCUACUGUGUUUCAUUCACAUGGGAGAGUACAAGAUGCAUCCAUAUCCAGAGCUGAGUUUCUUUCCUGCAUUGACAAGGUUCCAUGCACCAUUGAAGACCCUGACUGGGUCCUAUCCUGAUCCUAAGUUUUGCUUAACAGGCCAACCCUCAGAGAUCACUUUCUGAAUCUUUUCUCUGAAUUCCUGGGCCACAGGUCUGUAUCCCAUUUGAAGCUAAUCCCAAGGGUAACCCAGAAAGAUCCAUGUCCCACCCUCCCAUCCAGUUGGAAACUUCUCAAAUGUGGUGGUGACAUGGGGCUCUUUGUAUUCCCAUAGUAAUGCAGGGCAGGACACAAAGCAGAUGCUAGGAAAAUGUUCUUACUGAGGACAAUAACUAUUCUUCAGCCCUUUUCACUUAGUGCUGUUCAUACACCAUACUGGCCAUGUGUAGGAAGGACAGCGCCACUUCCCCAAAAAUAGUGCCUGCCUGUCACCAGCCAGGAGACAGGGGAGUGAACACUCCAGUGACUUCAGCCAGAACAAAAUUAUUGUCAUGUAUUCUCAGUCCCCUAGAAUUUGAUUGGAGGCAUUAAAAUUUCUUUCUUUCUGUUUUCUUUCUUUCUUUUCAGUACAAUACUGAGGACUGAACCCUUGGACACUCUACCCCUAAGCAACAGCCUCAGCUUUAAAAAAUUUUUUUUAAAUUUUGAAGCACAGUCUUGCUAAGUUACCCAGUCUGGCCUCAAACUUGCAGUCCUGCCUUAGCCUUCCAAAUAGCUGAGAUUAUAGGCAAGCUCCACUAAGCCUAGCUUAGAGUUAUCAUUUUUCCCUCCCUCCCUCCCUUCUUCCCUCCCUCCUUCCCUCUCUCUCUCUCUCUCUCUCUCUAACAGCCCUGGGGAUUGAACCCCAGGGCCUUUGCACUGAGAUGCAUCCCCAGUCCUCUUUAUUUAUUAGUCUGUGAGAGGAUCUCACUGUCACUAAGUUGCACAGGCUGAGGUUGAAGUUGUAAUCCUCUUACCUCAGCCUCCCAGCGUGUAGACUAUUUUGCUGAGUUACAUCAGCUACUGCCUUUUAGCCUGCAGGACUGACUACAUGACCUAUGGGGCUCAGAGCAAAAUAACAAUGUAAGUCUCCUACUCAAAAUUAUUAAGAUUUGCACGGAGCUAAGUAGCCCUAUGCAACUGCGUAGGUCGCAGCCCACACAGCCAGCACUUGGUAUUGAAUGUUCUUGGCAUUUUCUGGUGUCUUAUUUGACCUCUGUGCCCAAGGGUAGCAGGUGUGGGACCAGGGGUGAUAUAUAAAAUAUUUAAUAACCACCGUGGCAAAGACCUAUGAGAACAGACUCUGGUGGCUACGACUAUCAGAAAGGUCAAACCACAGCCCCAUGGGCAAAUCUGCCUUUUCACAGGAGGAAGCUAGUUUCAGUGAUGUGCUUAAAGUGACAAUUUUUAGGUUUCUUGCUUUCUCAGUCCUCCCCUGUAGCAUCUGACUUCUGCCUAUAAGCGAUUCCAUGAACAUUUCCUCUUCGGGAAAUUUAAACAAAUACUUUGUUGGAUUUGUAUUCUUUUUUUGUUUUGUUUGAAAAAAUGUUUUUAUCAGUACAUGUUUGCAGUACAUAAUGAGUACAUCAUCAUAAGGAAUGUGUACAUGUGCAUACCACAUCUUAAUUCUUUUUUUUCCCUUCCCCUUCCCUCCCUCCAACCCUUUUUCCCCUCUGCAUUUACAAAAGCUUUAUUUACAUUUUUUCCUUCAAUUCUUUUUUUCUUUAAAUCUCUUUUCCCUUCCUCCCCUCUCCUCCCCCACCACUUGUUCCCCCUUCCCAUU